AGUUCAAGGCUUGCUCUGCUACUUUCCAGGAACAUGACCAUGGGCAAGUUGCUUAACAUAUCUGAGCCUCAGUUUCCCCAUCAGCACAAUGGAACCGAUAAUACUUCGGCCAAAGGAUGUUGGAAGCAGGAGCUGGCCAACAGCUCGGAUGUGACCCUCCCAGAUCGGCCACUGUCCCCUCCUCUCACUGCACCCCCAACCAUGAAGUCCGCUGAGUUUUUCGAGAUGCUGGAGAAAAUGCAGGGGAUCAAGCUUGAAGAACAGAGGCCAGGACCCCAGAAGAACAAGGAUGACUAUAUCCCUUACCCCAGCAUUGAAGAGGUUGUGGAGAAGGGAGGCCCAUAUCCUCUGAUCAUCCUGCCCCAGUUUGGAGGCUACUGGAUUGAGGACCCAGAGAAUGUGGGUACUCCAACGUCACUGGGCAGCAGCGUUUAUGAGGAGGAGGAAGAGGACAGCCUGAGCCCCAACACGUUCGGCUACAAGCUUGAGUGCAGGGGUGAAGCCAGGGCCUACCGCAGGCACUUCCUGGGCAAGGAUCAUCUGAACUUUUACUGUACUGGAAGCAGCCUGGGGAACUUGAUCCUGUCCAUCAAAUGCGAGGAAGCUGAGGGCAUCGAGUACCUUCGGAUCAUCCUCAGGUCCAAACUGAAGACAGUGCACGAGCGGAUCCCCUUGGCUGGAUUGAGCAAGUUGCCCAGCGUCCCUCAGAUUGCCAAGGCUUUCUGUGAUGAUGCAGUGGGGCUGAAAUUCAAUCCUGUCCUGUACCCCAAGGCCUCUCAGAUGAUUGUGUCCUAUGAUGAACACGAUGUCAACAACACUUUCAAAUUUGGGGUCAUUUAUCAAAAAGCCAGGCAGACCCUGGAGGAAGAGCUGUUUGGGAACAACGAGGAGAGCCCAGCUUUCAAGGAGUUUUUGAAUCUCCUGGGGGACACCAUCACAUUGCAGGACUUCAAAGGUUUCCGAGGCGGCUUGGAUGUGACCCACGGACAGACAGGGGUGGAAUCGGUAUACACCACUUUCCGUGACCGGGAGAUCAUGUUCCAUGUCUCUACCAAGCUGCCCUUCACGGAUGGUGAUACUCAGCAGUUGCAGAGAAAGCGACACAUUGGGAAUGACAUUGUGGCCAUCAUCUUCCAAGAAGAAAACACACCAUUUGUCCCAGAUAUGAUUGCUUCAAACUUCUUACAUGCCUACAUUGUUGUUCAGGCUGAGAGCCCUGGCACAGAAACCCCAUCCUACAAGGUAUCAGUCACUGCAAGGGAAGACGUGCCUGCCUUUGGCCCCUCUGCCAAGCCACCUGUUUUCCAAAAGGGCGCAGAAUUCCGGGAGUUUCUGCUCACAAGCUCCACAAACGCAGAGAACGCUUGCUGCAAGUCGGACAAGUUUGCCAAGCUGGAGGACCGGACCCGGGCCGCUCUCCUGGACAACCUUCAUGAUGAACUUCAACACUCACACGCAGGUUCUAUGCUAGGCUUGGGCCCUGAGGAGGACAAGUUUGAGACAUGGAGGGCCAUGGAGGUAUUCUUGGAGUCUUUUAAGAGAGCCAUCCGUGUGCGUAGCCAUUCCAUGGAGACCAUGGUGGGCAGCCAGAGGAAGCUGCAUGGUGGAAACAUUCCUGGCAGCCUCAGUGGGGGUAUUGUCCACAACAGCAUGGAGGUCACCAAGACCACUUUCUCACCUCCGGUGGCCGCAGCAACGGUGAAGAACCAGUCACGCAGCCCCAUCAAGCGGCGGUCGGGACUCUUCCCCCGCCUGCACUCGGGCUCUGAAGGCCAGGGGGACGGCCGGACACGAUGUGACAGUGCCUCUAGCACUCCCAAAACCCCAGAUGGUGGACACUCUUCUCAGGAGAUAAAGUCCGAGACCUCGUCAAAUCCCAGCUCUCCAGAAAUCUGUCCCAACAAAGAAAAGCCCUUCAUAAAGUUGAAGGAGAAUGGCCGCGCCAACAUCUCCCGUUCCUCCUCCAGCACCAGCAGCUUCAGCAGCACCGCGGGGGAGGGUGAGGCCAUGGAGGAGUGUGAUAGUGGGAGUAGCCAGCCAUCCACAACCUCACCCUUCAAGCAGGAGGUGUUUGUCUACAGCCCGUCCCCGAGCAGCGAAAGCCCCAGUCUGGGGGCUGCUGCCACCCCCAUCAUCAUGAGCCGGAGUCCCACAGAUGCCAAAAACAGAAACUCCCCGAGGUCAAACCUGAAAUUCCGCUUUGAUAAACUCAGCCACGCUAGCUCCAGUGCGGUAAGGAUGGUGCGGGCAGCCAAGGAAGGGCCCCAGGAGCCCUACACCCCACGUUCCGGGACCCCCAUAGCCAGUCUUUUUACUAGCGGUCUGGAGAGAGCAUCUCAGAGAGUGCUCAUUGGGUGCCCUGAGGCAGGUGGGGAAGGAGGCUCCCCCAGACCUGGGGGUGAUGGCUUCUCUUCUUACCUGGUGCAGACACCAGGCUGGGGCUCACUAGCCAACUUUGUCACUCCUCCUGCAAUAGAGCCACGUCCUUGCACACACCCCCGCCCAGGUGUGAGGUGGGUUCUGCUGGCCCCUGGGAGUCCAAGUGCCUUCCUGAGCUCAGAUUGUUGA